UGAUGUUCCUUCAGUCCAUUUAAAUAUAAUACAUCUAAAAGCCAGAAUGCCAUAAGGUUCACAUAACACAGAUAAUGAUGCCAUUCUCAAUGUGGUGUCUGAUGUGUGUUGAUGUGCACACCUGGAGAAAAAAAAUAUAAAUCAAGAUGAAUUCAAACUAAAAUGAUGAACAAAUGCAGGAGAAAAACGAGUGCCAUUUUCCUAUUUUUGUAGGAUGUAUACAUAUCCACUGAGGAAAUGGGGAAAUACAAAGUUGUUCGACAAAUAAGAGAAAAGAUACAUAGCAUUUUUUAGUGAUGGUAUAUCAGCCGUGUCAUAGCUUGGACUGUGGCUGUACAAAGCUUGUUAGCCUCCUAACAUCCAGAAAGUUCCGGAACUAUUCUGAAGAUCAACUGCUUCUUUUUCAAGGGUGCCUAGCAAAGCCACUGUGGUAACGAGGUCCAACAGCAGCUCCCAAAUGCUAACAAGCUUCCGGUACGCCAUCAACUCAAAACGCUGGAAAUAAUAGAGCACCACAUGACCUUAAAGAAAGCCCUACAGUUUAAAGUGAAGCUACUACAUAGGGGUCAACAAGCUUCAUAGUUAUCUUGUUCAUUUGUCUUGUAUAGCUUCUGACUGCUGAUGCCUGCCACACGGUGGUAAGGACGUCGAUGUAUUGCAUGUUAUUUCUAAACCGUAUUCAAAAUUUCUCAGGUAAACACCGCACUCAUUGAUUUAGUUUUUUCCAUUAGAAUUCCAAAUUGAAGUAGUCUAACACAGACACAGUUCAGACUUUACUAUGUAGUAGUGUUAAUUAUCCACAAAAAUGAGAGUAACUCUCACUUGACUAAUAAGGUAUUUCUUAUGUGCACCAGUACAAACCAUAGAGAACGUUAGUAGUGAGAGUAAUAAUAAUAAUAAAUGUUAUUUGUAUUGCACUUUAUAUUUACUAGAAUCUCAAAGUGCUACAGAGAAGUAAAAAUAAAAACUAUGAGAAUAAAAGCAAUUACACCAAUUAAAAAUUAACAAUAAAAAGGGUUAAAAGGGAGAACCUAUAAAAGAAAAUUUAGCAAAAUGCUUUUUUAAAAAGAUACAUUUUGAGAGUACCGACCAAAGGCAUGGUAUGGUAUGAGCAUGGUUGAAAUAUCACCUCCCUCACCUCAUCUGUUGGGGGUUUUGCUACUAUGGAAUUGAUUAUGGGGUAGGCUUACCAUUAGUGACAAGGUCACACGUGGUUUGACCUUUAGAAAAUAAUAAUCCCAUUUUGGUAUCUGGUUUAUUAUGAAAAAAACAUUUAAUUCCAAUAAUAUUUACCCACCUGAAGCUGUUGCAGAAGAACAGAAACACAAUUAUAGCAACAUAGCCCUUUAGAGGACUUUGAGAGCAUGUAUAAAUACUUGCAUUAAAUCAUCUGUUUAGCCUAACUAAAUAGAUUAUCAUUUUUUUCUUGAAAUUGAAAUUCCCUCAUCAUGGAAUGUAUAUAUCAGGAUAAUUUAAAAAUAUAGCCAUCUUCAUUAAUCAUGGAGAGUUGAUCGAUAGUUCGAGGCCUUUAUUUGUCGGGCCUUUAUUCAAAAUAUUAAGGGAAAAACUUACUUUGUUAAAAGUUCUGCAUAGUUCAGACGAAAGGUCCUUUUCACAGAAAGCAUGAUUCUAAAGGAAAGACACACUUAUAUUCACAGAUUGUCCAGCAUGAUUCUAGCGUUUGUACAAAGUAUUGAGUGUUUGUUCAUACAUGUAGCGAUCUAGAUGUGCUACAUUAAGGUCAAGACGGCAAGCUUGCAAGUCUUUGAAAAUAUAGUUAUAAUUAGUUGUUCAAAUGGGACGUUUUAUAAGAUAAUUAGGCUACAUAGAUAGUUUGAAAUAAUUCACUUAAUUAUAUUAAUAAUAGCAAAAGGGUUAGUCAAAUAUUCAUGAAUGGAUUUUUUGCCAUUUCUAUUGUGUGUAUCGAGGAAAUAUCCAAGGAUAGUUUAGUCAGCUCUGUGUGUGUGUGUGUGUGUGUGUGUGUGUGUGUGUGUGUGUGUGUGUGUGUGUGUGUGUGUGUGUGUGUGUGUGUGUGUGUGUGUGUGUGUGUGUGUGUGUGUGUGUGCGUGCGUGUGUGUGUGUGUACACGUCAUCCUUUUAAUGAUCAUAACAUAACAUCCGCUGCACAACUAAAUCUCUGCAAUAAGCCGCUAACAAGCUAACAGACUAUGUCCACUAGUAGCUUCACUUACUACGUCACAAGCUGCUUCAGCCGUACAUGUUGCACUUGAUCUGUUUUGAUGGUGUGUGUGUGUGUGUGUGUGUGUGUGUGUGUGUGUGUGUGUGUGUGUGUGUGUGUGUGUGUGUGUGUGUGUGUGUGUGUGUGUGUGUGUGUGUGUGUGUGUGUGUAAAGGCAUUGGGGGUUAGACUUGCUCAUAAAGGUGUGCAGACCAAAGGUAACUGACGGAAAGAGGCUGAGCGGAGCGCUCACCAUAACCUGAGAAUCUAUGUUACAAAACUGGUCAACGUUGAACUCUGAAGGUUAAUAUUCAGAAGCAGCUUCCUAGGAUCGUAUAUCUGCAGCAGAUCCAUUCAACCGGCUGAUCCAUAGGUCAGCAGAUAUAUCAGCUGAUAAAGCAGGUAAGCAACAUGCUUUUGGUCGCCUUUCUGCAUUGAGUGAAGGUGGCUGUGGUUCUGUUGGUGGUGCGGUGGAUUUUCACUUGGAAAGAUGCUUUUGCUGCUCUGACAUUAACCAUAAUAUUUGGGUUUGCAUUAUGUAAUUAUUUAUCAAGACAAGGCACGAUAAUAAAGAGAAAAAAAUAAGUUUGUAUAAAAUAGUACGGUGACUUUUAAGAACAAACUAAGGUAGGUAUGUAGGAUGGAGUAUAGCGCUCUAUCCUAUGAAGGACAUUGUUGGGGCAAAAAAAGUUAUGUAACACAACCGUAUUGCAACACAUAAAAAGGGUUAUAAGCUUCUUUCCACUACUCUUUAUUACAAACUGCACAACCUUUUGUGCUGCCACUAUUCUGAGCAGCUAAGCGAGCUUCUUGCUACUGGCUACACAAUCCGGCACGCUGCUUACCAUCUGAAUCCUCUGUCUUUCUUUCUUCCUUUGUGAUGAUGAAUCCUCUGGUUCUCGGUGCUUUAAGGAUGUCUCAGCUGCCCAUGUUUUCCCGAUCUUCCUUGCUUCUGCUUUGCAUCCUGGCUACCACUCUGCUGACCUCGGGGUACCCUCGACCUCUUCUACAGCUCAGCAGUCCAGACAAUUCAGAUGAGGUGACAGAAGAUGACUAUGAUGUCCACCUUCCCUAUUUCUCACUUCACAACUGGGGAAUUGAGCUGACGUCAGCACCUGGCCUCAUGGCAGCAGCCAAUAGCAAGCCACGUUUAAUUGGUAGGGUGUGGCUGUCUGGUCCCAAGUCCCAGCUUUCAGAAGGUGAAGAGUCCAGGAUGGAUAAAGGCUGGCCGGCUGAGUGGAGCCGUGGCUCCGUGGGUAAGAGGAACAUGGUGGUAGCAGACGACGCAGCCUUCAGAGAGAAGAGCAAGCUGCUCACAGCCAUGGAGCGACAGAAGUGGCUCAACUCCUACAUGCAGAAACUGCUGGUUGUUAACACAAAAUGAUCAUUCACCUACAUUUUAAGCCAGUGUGCUUAUUUGUGUAAAAUUUUCAAUAAAACAGCCAUGUAUAUAUCAAGAAUAAACCAAUAAACCUGAAGUAUUUUAAACUGACCUCAGUAUGUAAAAUAUUUAAAUAGUCCCAAAGGUUAAGAUGUGUCAGUUGAUGUGUGUGUAUUCUGAAAGUUUCAGAUAUUAAAUAUAUUUACACAAUUCUGAUGAAUUUGUUGUUUUUCUACAAGUAUGUUGUAGUUAGGGCAAAUAAUUGUCUUCUUCUCAAACAAUAUUAGUUUGUCUGCAGCUAGAAAAGACCACAGUAGUACUUGGUGAUGGGAAACAUAGCGGGUUUGACCCUGGUUUUACCCAAUGUUGUCAGGGAACCAGCUGGACCAAAUCAAUGACAAUGUUGUCAUUUAGAACAAAGGAAGAUGUUAAAAUUUAAAUUUCAUGAGGAAAUUCAAGGUCCGGCAUUGCAUCAAUAUUUUACAUGACAGUGCACCAGGUGACACAUGUCCUGUGAUGCAGGCCCUUAAAAGACAUCUCAUUAAGGCACAACAAUUACCACACAACAAAAUGUAAUUCAACUCAGGGCAAAUCUAUAUUAACUACACCUGCACAUUGUAAUUUAUUUAUUUUCAUUUAGAAAUCACUGUCAUUUCAGAUUUUUUUUUGUAUUGCUGUAUCCUAACGGUGUUCCUUUGUAGCAAUUAUUAAAAUGAUUUAAUGAUAAUCGAUUUGAGUGGA